AUGGCCUCCUUCAAAACCUGGCAGAUAGGGCUGACGCUCAUUCUCCUGUGUUCCAUCCAAACCCCCUUUACUCCAGUGGUCAGAGCUCAGGAGGAAGCUCACACUGAAGACCACCUGGAAAACAAAGCUCACGAGAGUAAGGAGCCAACAGGUGGAGAGCUUGAAGGGGAUAAUAAUUAUGAAAAUGAUGAUGUUGGUGAUGAUGGUGAUUUUUGGGAAAGCAUAGAAGGAGCUAAUCAUGACGAUUAUGAUGGGGAUGACAAUGGUGAUGAUGAGGAUGAUGUUGAUGGUAUUGACACAGAGAGUGAAGAGGAAGUCAUCAGUGAUGAUGAUCAUGAUGGGGAGAGUAAAGAUGAAACAGUCACUGAUGAGUAUGACAACAAUGAUGACGAUGAUGAUGAAAAUACCAACAAUGGCAGUGACACCAAUGAGGAUACUGAAGAGGAAGGUGAUGGUGAUGAUAAUGAUAAUGAUGAUGAUGGUAAUGAUGACAGAGGAGAUGAUGAUGAUGGGGAUGGUGAUGAUGAGGAAGAAGAUCAUGAUACAAAAUAUGACAAUGAAACUGAUGAUGGUGACGACAAGGAUAAUGACAGCAAAGAUGAUGAUGAUGAAGAAAGAGAAGAUACUGAUGAUGAUGAUGAUGAUGAUGAUGCUGAUAAUGUAGAUGAUGUUAGACAGGAGGAUGAUGAUGUUGACGACACAGAGGAGGAAGAUGGACCUGAUUCAAUGGAUGGUCAUGAUGAAGAUGAUGGUGAAAGUGAUAAGGAGGAUGAUGAUAGUAAAGAUGAUCAGGAUGCUUCUGCUGCUGCUGAUGAUGCUAGCGAUGAGGAUAAUGAUACUGAUGAUAGCAAAGAGGAUGAACAAGAUCCCGAUGCAGAUGCUGAAGAUCAUGUCGAUGAAGUAGGCAGUGGUGAUGAACACCACCGUGCUGGAUCCCUCUGCAGCUACUGUUCCUUCUGUGAGCACUGUGAUGCAUGUGAAAUGUGCCCUUGUCAGGAGGGAGACAUGUCAGAACACUGUAAACACUGUGAGAUGUGCAAUGUCUGCUACAUCUGUCCUGUGCUAUGCGAUACGGUUUGCAGUCCAGGUGGCUUUGUUGAUGUACUAACAGGAUCACUCUACCAGUAA